CCGUCAGAGAGAGCACAGUAGUGUCCACGUCUACCUCUGCUUCUACGACGAGACCAGAAAGCUGCCAAUUGCAACGGGGGCCAGGCGAGGGCCACAGGACUGCGCUUGUGUGAACAUAGAGACGGAACGCACGCACGCACGCACGCUGCAGACAUGGCCGUGACAGAGCAGGGACGAGGCCAGCGCGGCGCCGCCGCCGCCGCCGCCGCCUCCUUUGGCGCGCCGUCGUACCGGCAGCAACAUCAGCGCGCGGGCCAGGAUGCGCAUCGCCACUCGCACGCGCACUCGCAUGCGGACGACGACGACGACGAAGACGAAGACGACGACGAUGGCGACUCGUCUGACGACAACAGUGGCGGCAACAACAAUCAGAGGAAGAGCUCCUCGUCGGGACCCCACGAGGCCGCACCGUCGGGCAACGUCUCGACGCGGCCGCCGCCCAAGAAGCGGAACCGGGCGGCACUGAGCUGCACGCUGUGCCGCGAGCGCAAGGUGAAAUGCGACCGUGUGAUUCCCUGCUACCAGUGCAUCAAGCGCGGCGACGCCAAGUUCUGCCAGUUGGACCCGACGAAGCGCGGGCCAAAGUCGUCGCGCAGCCAGGCGGCGCGCAACCAGAACGCGGCCCUCGCUGCAGCUGCAGCUGCCGCCACGGGGACCAAAUCGGCGUCGACAUCAAACUCGGCGUCGGCAGUCGAUGAGCACACGAGGAGGUACGGCGGGAAUGGUGGCUUUGGUGUCAGCAGCGCAGACGACGAGGGAAACAGGACCAGGCGCGGCAUGACGGCCUCGUCGUCCUACGGCUCCUCGACGGAGGAGGUCGAUGCGAUCAAGGCACGCCUCGCCCAGCUCGAGGCCGCUCUGGCCCAGGCCAAGCAGGGCAACGACAUGGGCCCGGGCGGCAUGCCACCGUACAACGGCAGCAGCAGCAGCAGCAUCGCCAACGAGCCGUCGCCGGGCUCCUCGCUGGGACGCUUCCCCUGGCAGCAGCAGCAGCAGAUGCAGCAGCAGAUGCAGGCGAUGACGACGGCUGCGUCUGGCGCCACCACCGACGACAACCGCUUCGUCGCCAGCCCCAGCAACCGGUCCAGCUCGGCGGCGUCAUCGUCGUACGCCAGCGCAUACAUCCACCCCUACCUGCAGCAGCAGCCCUACCCGCCCUCGGCCUCGUCUGACGGCGGCUCGGGCAGGCUUGGACCUGCCUCAUCGGGGGCCAGCCCCGUCGAUGGCAUGGCCAUGUCGCCAUACGACAUGCGCCUCUCGGCCACGGCCAGGCGCACAUCGAACGACACGCGCGGGAGGAGCACCGACGACGCGUUGUCGUCGCCCGCUGCCCUCCACGCCGCCUCGCCCAGGCAUCAGCGCUUCGUGGGAAGUCAGGCGCCCCAGACGCCGAGCAGCAAGAUGGACGUCGACAGCGACACCGAAGACGCCGCCCUCGUCCUCGAAGGCCUCGCCAUGGGUGGUGGCGGCGGUGGCUCUGGCGCUGCCAAGCUGGCGCGCAGGGGUGACGACGGCGCCUGCGACGGUGGCAGUACGAACGGCGCUGGUGCUGGCGCCGACGGUGUCGGCAGCGGCAGCGGCAAGGGUGGCCGAGGCCAGGGCGGCGGCGACGAGGCAGGCCAGCGGAGGAGGAGCACCGUCGUCGACAAGCCGUGUCCCUCGGCCGAGGGCGAUGUGAUUGAAAAGACGCCGGCAAAGAGCAUCCAGGGCUUCGUCGACGCCGACCGGACAAAGGACAUCAUGCAGUCGUCGCGCUACGACGGCCCCGAUCGCGACGACGACGACGGCGGUGCUGGAGGCUGCAGCAAGGGCGGUGCGAUGGGCAGCAAGGCCAAGCCGCUUGCCACCAACCGGGACUCGGCAUCGAUGGAGACCGACGACGACGGCGGCGCUGGUAGUGGGAGGAAGAAAGGCGAGGAAGACGGAGGUGGCGGCGCCUGUCCGGGUGGCGGCGACGACGACGAGGCCGAGUUCGAUGUCAAUGCCGAGUUCGACAAGGACGGCAAGCGCCUCUCGCCAGCCAAGCGCGUGUGCCGGCUGCUGUCCAAGCAGGACAACUCCCUCUUCACCCUCUAUGCUGGGCCCGACACGAGCUUUGGCUUUGGCAUCGGCUGGGCCUUUGCGGCCGCCGAGGCGGCUGGCGACGUCAAUGCCGUGUCCAAGGUGCAGGGCUGCCGGGGCGCCCGCCAACGCGAGGCCGUGCUGCGCGCCAUCAUCCGCUCGCUCCCCGACGAGGACGUGGCCAACCACCUGGUGGGCGUGUUUGAGACUCGGGUCAAGUUCCUCGCGGGCAACUGCAUCCACAUGGCCACCUUCAAGCGCGAGCUCCAGGCGUUCUACCACCUCGACACCAUCGAGAAGCGCGCCCGCGUCGUCAACCUCGUCGACACGGCCUGGCUCUCGCUCUUCCUCAUGAUCCUCGUCCUCGCUCUCCACUUCCACCCCUGCCAGCGGCCCGACAACGUCGUCCACCUCUUUGAUGGCCGCACCAUCCACCUCUGGCGCUCUGCUGCCCAGACUGGCCUCGUCCUCGCGCGCUACCAGACGAGCUCCUCGAUGGCCGUGCUGCAGACGAUCAUCCUCAUUGGUCUCCACGCCUGCGGCACCGGCUUUGACUCGGCCAACCUGCUGCCCGUCGCGAUUGCCAAUGCCAUCGACAUGGGCCUCCACCGGCUGGGCUCGCGCGACAAGCAGCCCAAGCCGGGCGAAAAGGCCGACAUUGCGAUGCGGCGCGAGGUGGCCAAGCGCAUCUGGCACCAGCUCGUCUUCUGCGACGCCUGCUCGGCUGCCACGCGCGGCGGCGCCAACUUUGUCCACCCAGACCAGUUCAACACGCCCCUGCCGGGCAACUACAACGACGACGACCUCAACCAGUCGCCCCUGCCCCCGCCUCGGCCCCGGUCCGAGCAUACAGAGAUGUCGUUUGCGCUUGCGCAGUUUGACCUCGCGGGCGCUGUGCGCGAAAACGUCGACCGGCUCAACCGCGCUCUUCUCGUCGACGGCACCGCGCGCCUCACGGCCGAGGACACGAGCUACCUCGACGCACGCUACCGCGGCCUGCUCGAGAACGCACCUUCGUUCUUCCGCAUCGGCUCCGAGGAAGGCAGCGGGGAGAAUGUAGAGGUGGAGCGCUGGCUGCUCCAGCAGAGCGUCUUCCACAAGCUCCUCAAGCUGCACCGGCCCAACCUGACGAGCAAGCCAAACGCCCGCACCAGCUGCGUCCUCCUCGCACGCAGCAUCCUCGACAUGCAGCGCCGCAUCCGCUCGCGCUGCAGCGUCGUCGACCGCCUCUUCUUCAACCUUAGCCAGUCGUUUUCUGCUGCCAUUGUCCUCUGUCUGGAUUUGCUCCAAACGCGCCCGCCGGCGACGAUGCGCUCCAUCGUCCGUGGCGAAAUCUUCGAGGCGCUCAAGGCGCUCCGCCACGUCGGCGCCUCGCACCACACGACCGAGAGCAGCAUCCGCGUCAUCCAGGCCCUCCUCGACGAGGAAGAGGCCCGCUGGAACCAGACGGCCGACUACCUCGACGACGAUGCCAACGGUGCGUCUUCUUCUUCAAUGAAGAGGAAGCGCAACGGCCAGCCGCACAGCAACAACACCAAGAAGAACCUCCUCAACCUCGCCCUGCGCGUCGCCAAGGCUGCGCGGUGCGAGGGCCGCAUGGACGACGCCAAGGACGAGUCGGUGCCUUCUUCGUCGCCGUCGCUGUCAUCCACGUCUGCGCCCGCUAUCUCUUCUUCUUCUUCUGCUGCUGCUGCUGCUUUCGCCGCGCCUACUGCCGCUGCGGCUGUCGCUGCUGGUGGCGGUGGCACGGGUGCCCUGCCAGCAAUGACGACGCCCGACCGCAUCCGUGCCGAAGAGGCAGCUGCCGCGGGCGCAGGCCUCGUGCCGUCCAGCGAGUCGGGCCUCGCCAUGCUGCAGAGCUACUCGUCGAUGAAGGACGAGGAGUCGCGCCGGCUGUUCGACCAGCUGCUGCUGCCCCAGCCCGCAGGCGACGAUCCGUCGAGCUUUGCCAACAUGCCCAACCUGCAGCAGUACAACUUCUUUGGCGGCAUGGCACCAAAUGGCCUUGAUUUGCUUGGCCUCCAGGCCACGCCGCCCGACUCGGCCGGCCAGGAGUUUGACCUGUCCAAGUUCCUCGCCGAGUGCGACACAAAGAGCUCCCCCGGCUCGUCCGACGACCAGAGCAUGGCCUCGGGCGCCAGCCACAGCGGCCACAGCUCCCUCCACGGCGGCGGCAGUGGUGUCCACUCGGGCCCCGGAUCCGUCUCGUCGGCCGCGCCCUCGCUCGCCGGCUCAUCGUCGCACCACCACCACCACCAGCGCUCCCCCAAUGCCUCGUUCUCCUCGGGAUCGUCAUCGUCGCCAAUGGCGCCCCCGCAGACGCAGGCGCAGACGGCCGCUGUCUCGGCGAGCAACCCGUCGCCCGCCGCCUCGACGUCGUCCUCGUCGGAUAUCUCCACCUCGGGUCUCGACGGCUUCUGGAGCUGGGUCCUCGGCCAGGGCGGCAUCCAGCAGGGUGGUGGCCAACAAGUCGCGCCGCCGCCAGCCCCGCCCUCGCAGUCGCAGCAUCAACAGCAGCACCAACAGCAGCAGAUUCCUACGACGUCGGGCAUCGACUACUUUCCACCGCCCUCGUCGUCUGAGAACGCGAUUGCAGCCGCGCUGAAUGCGCCGCCCCAGAGGCAGGCGCCGUUCCCUGCCGCCGCUCCUUCCUCGUCUGGCGCAUGGGCAAGCAGCGGGGCGCAGGCAUUCCCCGCCGCCGCGCCCUCGCCCUCGUCCUUUCCCUUUGCCGGCUUCCCCACGAGCACCUCGGCAAACGCCGCGCCUGGGCAGCAGCAGCAGGCAGCAGCAGCCGGAGCGGGCGCGGGCGAGGCCAUCAGCAUGGGCACGCCCAGCGCCGGCAUGGGCCUCGGCUGGAUGAGCACCCCGGGCCUCUUUGAGCUCGCCUACGAGUUUGGCGACGGCUCCGGCCCUGGCUCCGGCUCCGCCCCUCAAUCGGCCCAGGCCAAGUAGGAGUCGAUUCCGCCGCCCGCGCGCUUCUCUCUCCACUCCGCCACUCAUCUCUCCUCUCUCUUUAGCUUAUUAUUAUCAUCUCCUCCUCCUCUGAUUCCCUCCCUUUACUGUUACUGGAUCUCGUGUCGUGUAUCAUCAUAGUUGACCUCUUCCAUCUCUCUCUAGUAUCGCCGGGAAUGGCUCGUGGAGUCGUCUGGUUCGCGGGAAAUGGCAUUCUUUAGCACCAAAUUAUUAACUUAUGGUGGCAUUGUGGCAGCUGGCGGGGACCACAAUUCAUGCUUCUU